ACCUGUCGGGCGCGCAGCCGCUACCUUACAGUGGGCAAAGAUAGUCGUCUUCCACCACCCUCACGUCACACCCCCUCAAGAAAAUCUCCCAACUGCUGCAGCCAAUUCUCAACUCUGCUCUCACAAAUUCGCAUCACCGAACCAUUUUGUGACGGACCACAGACAGCCUCCUUCCGCCAUCUCACAGACCGGUCGUUUGGGAUUUCUGCACCAUAUCGCGCUGACAGUAGACUCGUUCACUCGCACCGUGGACCAGCGCAGAUUAAUACCAACCCAAAGGAAUUCGCCAGGCGCCGCCCCAGGAUACCUAACCGAGACUCGGUUCAGUGAGACACAGGCCGCAAUCAUGGAUGUCGAAGAUACCACUCCCGCCCCCGAACGCAAACAGCGCAAAUCCGUCGCCUUCACAGACGAGCAAGUAGUAGUCGACGCCGACGGCUCAGUCACAAUGGUCAACGCCACCGAGGAACCCAAGGAGACAGCCCAGUCGCACACGCCCCCUGGAGCCGAAGAUGCGACGGCCCCUGUCCCCGAUGUUGCUGAAGAUGGCGGCCUCGACCUGUCAAUGAAGAAAAAGAAGAAGAAGAAGGUUCUCAAGGAAGGUGACGAGGCCGAAGAGGCUGCCGCUGGCGAGGACGGCGGUCUUGACCUGUCGAUGAAGAAAAAGAAGAAGAAGAAGGUUGUCAAGGACGGCGACGACGAGUUCACCGCGAAGCUCAAGGCACUUGAGCUCGAGGGCAAGGAGGAGGACGCCGAGGCCGAGGGUGCCGCCGACGAUGGCGAUAUGGACCAAGGUACCGGUAUCUGGCAGCACGACGAGACCAAGGCCCUCAGCUACAGCCUGCUCCUGAACCGCUUUUUCCACCAGCUGUCUCAGAAGAACCCCGACCACGCCCUGAGCGGCUCCAAGAGCUACAAGAUCCCGCCCCCGCAGUGCAUGCGUGAAGGCAACAAGAAGACCAUUUUCGCCAACAUUGCCGAGAUUUGCAAGCGCAUGAAGAGAACCGAGGAGCACGUCACGGCCUACCUCUUCUCCGAAUUGGGUACCAGUGGUUCCGUCGACGGCAGUAGACGCCUUGUUAUCAAGGGUCGUUUCCAGCAGAAGCAGCUCGAGAACGUGUUGCGCAAGUACAUUAUCGAGUACGUCACCUGCAAGACCUGCAAGUCCGCCGACACCGAGCUGUCCAAGGGAGAGAACCGUCUGUACUUCAUCACUUGCAACUCUUGCGGUUCGAGACGUUCCGUCACCGCCAUCAAGACCGGUUUCUCCGCCCAGAUCGGAAAGAGAAGAAAGAUGCAGGGUUAAGCGACGACAACCAAAUGACGACCCCACGGACCAGAAACGAGAAAAGAGUUGGAGAGGUGUUUCUUCUACGCUAUUUACGUCCUUUAGCGUACUCUUGUCUUGUAGAUAUGACCUUCGCUGGCCCAGGCAGUGUGCACUGCGGCAUUCACGGCUGCGGCGCUCCGGGUGGCCAAUGGAUUGAUGGCACAAUAGAGAAAAUUGGCGUUUCCACCCUUAUAAAUUGGUACGGUAGUCGGGCAGU